AUGCGCACUCAAGAACACAUGUGGGAUCACGAGGUGGAUAUAGCAAGGAUGCUUGACGAUAUAGAGCGCCACCUGUUUUUACCGCAACGGCUGUCCCGCGAUGGCGCUGCUAGUGCUGGCGAGCCACAUGUUCAGUACGGCAUAGUCAAGGACUGCUCCGUGCUUACGUGUGGUUGUUGCGUUUCCGAGUCGCUAUUCCAUGAACUAUGCAAGGGAACUCCGAACCAGCAAGUUGCUUGUGCCAUUUGCGGGCGGGAAAAUGUCCAACUGCUCUCAGCCAUCAAACCAUUGCGUGAUUUGGCUCGUCAAAUUGAUUUAUUCAGGAGCACUGCUGCGCAACCUGAAACCGAGAGCGAUGAGUCGCCGGUCAUAGUAAAGACCUCACCAUCAUCAUCGUCGUCGCUAUCGCUGCCGCCUUUGCGGUUCUUGUCUGCUGCUGAGCCCGACACUGAUGACAAGACACUGUCUAGCCCCACGACGAAGGAGAAAUCGUCGUUGCUGGAACUCUUCCAUAUAACGGCUUCGAAAAUACACAAUUUGGAUACAGAGUUAAAGAUGGGCCACGCACUCACUGCGGCCACUCCCCAAGAACAAGAAGAACACAUCUACACAAACAGUCUGCUCGAGCCUACUUAUGACGACCACACAAAUUGGAAAAUAUUAGACAAUGCCUCCAACACAAGAACGGUGCCGAUAGACAACAACUCUUCCUUGGUGUCCGCGGAAGUCACUAUACCCUCCACAGCAAACUACCAGAAAAAUGACACGCAUGAUCUGGACGAAGAAAAGGAAUACUUUUUUGCCAACUGCUUCCCCAUGUACAGAAAAAAGUUCCAGUUCAGCACUCAUCCCAAAUUCUUGGGGACAAAAUCCAAACUCUUUAUCAACCAGAGCAUUUCUCCCGACUGUACCAAAUUCGCCUUGAUCACCGAACACAAAUGGGAGAUUUACUCGAUACUCCCAAAAGACAACUCUCCCCGACUGAUAUCAUGCGGAAAGUCCAGUGGAGAAUACGGUCCUGACUUCAACCAACUAACAGAGCCCUUGCCGUCGCCAUCCGCCGCUUCUCAAGCGUCGAACAAGAAGAAGAAAAACUGGAGCCAACGUUUUUGCAAAUUGUCUAACGACUUCAUGAUUAUAUCGGGCUCGCAAAACAUUCUCAACGUCCAUGAUUUGAACCAAAACGGCAGACCCAUCUUCACGUACGUCUCAAGAUUCCCCAUCCGAUGCAUAGACGUGGACCCUAGCUCGCAGAUAAUUGCCUAUGGAAUCACUGGUAAAGAUAGGCACACGGGCGCAGAACAGGCAUUAGUCGUGAUCCAGCAAAUUACGAGGAACAAAGUUACUUUGGAGCCUGAGUUUCCUCCACCAAUCACAAUAACGCUUCCAUAUAGGGAUCCCAUCAAUACCAUACAACUUUCGCACGAUGCCAAGUACUUGACAUGCUCCACCGCAUUGGAGUCCCGCUUCCUGAUCAUUUCCCUGCAGAAAAUCAACGAACCAAGAUUGAUAAUGAAAAGCGUCCGAUCCAUCGACACCUCUUUGGAAUCCGAAGGAAUCACCGACACGAAACUGUUCCCUGGGAAUCCAAACCUGAUGUGCAUAACAUCCACAGCAUUCAACUCCUCGCCCCUUGUCAUAAACACCAAGAUCACUCAAAUCAACGGAGUUCGAACCGUGGCCCAACCAUCCAUGCUCAUAAGAGUGGACGAAAUCGGAUGCAAAAUUCACAAGUGCGAAAUAUCGCCAAGAAACGACGCCAUUGCCUUCCUAGACCGCAACGGAUCCGUUUAUAUCAUGUGUGCGCCCACCAUGGUGGACAACAACGAAAAGAGAAGAACCGUUCUUGUUGAAACCGUGGCCAAUGCCUACAGAGCUUACGAAUCGGCCACCUUACGGUUCAACACGGAGGGCAACAAGCUAUACAUCCUGGACAGAAAGGGAAUCUUCUUUGUGGAGGACUUUGCAUAUGGCUUGCCUCAAUCACGCGAGAUCACGAAAUGUAAGCAAAUAUUCCACAAGUAA